UUCCCUUGUAUUCGUACUUUAAUUACUGAAUAUAUCGAGCAAGGUGGAGUGUUUGAUAACGAAUGUGAGCACAAAGGUAAUAAAAGCGUCUUUAGAGUAAACAUGGCGUGUUAUUUGGCUUAACAGAUAGACGUUAAUUCCUGAUAUGAAACCCUAAAUACAGUAUUUAGUCAAACAUGGCGUGCGUUGCAAGAAUAGCUAUCCUUUCAGUUUUAGCGUUAACCCUGAAUAUUAAUUUUGCCUUUUCGUUAAAUUGUUACAAAUGCACUGGUCCGCUGAACAUUGGUAUGGAUUGCGAAAACAAUUUGGAGGAUAUACCGGUUAUUCCGUGUGAAGGGGGUGAAGUUUGUGCUGAAUACGUUAAAGGAAACCCUGGGACUGAGAUCCUACACAGAGGUUGUUAUCCUAAUAAUCAGUGUGAUAUAUUGAACGACCAGUAUAUAAACAACCCCGCUGUUGCCGUAGUAAGGUGUACAACUUGUGACAGUGACUCUUGCAAUUCUGCAAAUUUAUUAACGGUUUCUGUAUUUUUAAGUUUUAUGACAUUGUUUUUGUUCUAUGUAUAGGUCCUCACACAACUUGAUAUUUACCACAUUUUAAUAUUUUUUUGGAUAUUGUUUAACUAUAUCUUUAUUGCAAAAAUAAAUAACAGGUGUUUGCUUUUAUAA